AGAACACGUGAUGUUACACUCGGCUUUGGCCCUCUGCCUCUUCCUGGUUGCAGUUUCUUCCAACCUUGCCAUUGCCAUCAAAAAAGAGAAGAGGCCUCCUCAGACACUCUCAAGAGGAUGGGGAGAUGACAUCACUUGGGUACAGACUUAUGAAGAAGGUCUCUUCCAUAUUCAAAAAAGCAACAAGCCACUGAUGGUCAUUCAUCACUUGGAGGAUUGUCAAUACUGCCAAGCACUCAAAACAGUGUUUGCCCAAAAUGAAGAAAUACAAGAAAUGGCUCAGAAUAAUUUCAUCAUGCUGAAUCUUAUGCAUGAGACCACAGAUAAAAAUUUAUCACCAGAUGGGCAAUAUGUACCUAGGAUCAUGUUUGUGGAUCCUUCUUUAACAGUCAGAGCUGAUAUAACUGGAAGAUACUCAAAUAGACUGUAUACAUAUGAACCACAGGAUUUACCAAUAUUGAUAGAAAACAUGAAGAAAGCAUUGAAACUUAUUCAAUCAGAGUUAUAAGAGAUUACCUCAAGGAGGUCAAAUGUCAUGAAGAUGACCUUCAGGUGAACUCACUAAUACUAAAUGUGCAACUAUAUGGACUCUGUAAUGUUAUCAUUUACAUUUUAAAUGUGAUUGAAAUAUUCUUAUGAAGGUAAAGUUAUAUUUCAAUAAAGGUCAAAA